GAGAGGGAGGCAAGUCUCUCCUCCCUCCAGUCUCUCUCUCUCCAUCAUGGCGAACACUCCUCCGCUCCUCCUCCUCCUCCUCCUCUCCCUCACGUGCUGCAGUCUGGGAGGCGCCUUGGAGUGUUCCCAGAAGGAGGAAGAAAUAGCUUGUUCAUCAGAAGAGAAGUGUGUGAAGCUACGUUACGUGUGUGACGGGGAAAAUGACUGCGAAGAUGGGGAGGACGAGGACCCAGAUUUGUGCAUGGUGUUCAAGUCCCACUAUGGCUGUGAGAGGGAGGAGGUGGCGUGUCGCAGGAAUGGGGAGAUGGAAUGCAUGAGACUUCAGAACUACUGCCAGAUGACGGACCCUCCUUGUCAGGGCCCCAUUGAUGCCAAGAUGUGCAAGGUAUUGAAUGACAACACAAUUCAGAAAUUUUCGUCUAUUUUCAUCUCAGCGGAUGGACCUCCAGACCCAAGUUGGCGGCGCAGCGAAGAGCUUGGUGACGACCUGGUGGCCAACUUGAACAACACAGUGAGCCACCCAGACUGCCCUGAGAUGUUCACUAUGGUGGGCGACCAGUGCCUGUCUGUCUUCUCUGUCGGCAAGGUGAGCUGGGGUGAGGCAAGGGCAUUCUGUCGUGUGUUAGGUGGUGACCUCCUGACCUUCAAGAGUGUGACCCACUUCACCACAGUCAUCAAGCACCUGCAGGACCACCAGCUGACAAGUGACUUCUGGCUGGGAGGGAGGCAGAGGGAGAAGGGGAGAGGCUGGACCUGGCUAGAUGACACUCCCAUGGUCCUUGGCUCCCCUUACUGGGCUGUCAGACGCUACGAUGAGUGCCAGGUCCGAAACAUCACCACCUCCACACACAACACUCGCGAGGCUAAUGGCGCUACCUGCUACCAUUACCGCCAGGCCCCAGAACCAUCCUCCAGGGGCUUCUGUGCAGGCCUUUCCUACACACACUUCUUCUACAUGACUGAUGAAGAUUGUAUGCAGCAGAAGAGUCCCCUGUGUGUGUCCAGCCAGCAGCAGAGUGGUGGUGGUGGUGGUGGUGGUGGUGGUGGUGGUUAUGGUGGUGGUGGUGAUGCUGGGUACUUUUAGAUAAUGGUGAUGAGAGUGGUUUGAUAGUGAUUGUGUGUGUGUGUGUGUGUGUGUAAGAUGUAGAGAGAGAGAGAGAGAGAGAGAGAGAGAGAGAGAGAGAAUCAUAUUGUUCUAUAGGAAAAUUGUUAUUUGGAAGCAGUUUUGCAUCUUUUCCUCUUACUCUUUUCUUCCUACUUCUCUUUCUUUUCUUAUUUUUCUUUCUCUUUUCCUCUCCCAAUUUCUCUUCCUCCUCCUCCUCUUACCACUACUACAACCACUGUUACUGUUUCCAUUACUGUUACUGCUGUCAUGCAUAACUAUAACAAUUACUACUUUAAUCAUUAAAACCAUAACUUUGCCACCAGUAAACUCAGUCGUGAAUUAAACAGAACAAAGACAAUGAUGAUAAUAAGAAGAAUGGUAAGAAUAAUAACAAUGGUAAACACAACCAAGUCUGUUUGCCUGAUUUUUUUAAAUUUGAAUAGUUGUCAAAGAUUUCAUAAGUUUAUUUCUUUGGCAGGAUAAAUAAAAGAAUAAAACACU